AUGUUUUUUUUUAAAAAUGUUAGAAGAUGUUGUUUUUACACCAAAAUAUAUGAAAAUAUAAAAAUUGUGAAGCGAGUGAAGUUGGAGGGGAGGGCCUCGCCUCCUGAUGGAGGGGGGGGGUCGAAGUUUCGGCGAACUGAACCAGAACAGUCGUGUGCCCCGGAGAAGGAACAGACGAAAGAGUGCAGUCCCUCCUUGAAGGACAUCAAAAAGGAUAAAAGUAAACAGUUUUACAAACAUGUGUAUCAAAAAAUAAAACAGAAGAAUGUUAAGUUGGGAUAUUAUGAGGAGGGUUUAUCAGAUGGCUUUCUCCACGGAGGAGAGGCAAGAGAAGGCCCCCCCUUGGAGGAAGACCCGCAGGAGGGAAGUGAAAAAGAAGUCCUCAGGAAAAGCCACCCCCCGUUUAGUGAAACCCCAAGUGAAGACAAAAUAGCCAUAUCGGAGAAAUGGCACCAAAGGGGAGACACAAAUUGGAAAGAAAAAGUAGCAGCACGAUUAACCCUCCAACGGGGCAUUCAAAGUGGGAAAGGAAAAAGCAUUAAGGAGGAAAAAUAUCUGAAGGUGAAAAAUAACUAUUUAAAAAGUAAGGAUGUGUAUUUGAAGGUUAAGGACGGGCAUGUGAGUGGGUACAGUAAAGGAGAUAGGGAUCGGCAAGGGGAAGAUUCACCCACAAAGUGGAGUGCAGUUUUGGUAAAUCCCUCCGUGCGAUCCAGGGGAUAUAAAUUCAAGGGGGAAAAAAAGGAGGGAGGACCAGAAGGGAGAAUGGCCGAUCAGUAUCGAGAAGGAGAUUCAGUGGACGGAAUGCCAAACAGAACAGAAGAAGGGAUGGAAACAAAAAGGGUUGGUAAAAACGAAGGGGAAAAUGGAAGCCUUAAAAGUAAAAGCCCUCUUAGUGGAAAUAGCAACCAUACAAAUAAACAGCUGAUGUACCUCCACUAUAAUGAUAAAAAUAAGUUACUCAAAGAUUUACCAAAUGGGAAAGACAAUAAAGAGAGCAUUCCUUUUGAACCCAAAUUGGAGAAGGCAAAAAAUGUGAAGGGGCAUUCCCAAGCAGAUGCCGAAGUAGCGGAUAAAAAUUACAUCGAUGUGGAGUAUGAACAUUAUUGGGAUAGCGAAAAGAUAAAAAAAGUUUUAGAGCUACAAAAAAAUAGGGAGAAAAUUUUUAAAAAUAAAUUAUUCAAAGGAGUAUUAUGUGUAUCCCCUUAUGAUACGAGCAAGUGUGUUGUGGUUAGUGAAGAAGAUCCUUUGGGUUUUUUGAAAAAGGACGUUUUUACCAUUUAUGGCUAUAUUAGCCGCAACAGGGCACUGAACGAGGAUGUAGUGUAUGCCUAUACGGCUCGAAGAAAAAUCAAACGGUCUGGAAAUUUAGAAAAUGAGGAGGAAUUUCUCGAAGCGAGUCAAGAGGGUACCAUCUCGCUGAGCGAAAAGGAGGAAGAAAAAACGGAACAUUUUUGCAGAGUUGUUAACAUCGUUGAACGGAGGAAUGACCCAAUUGUUUGCACCUUGAAUUAUUUAAAUAUUAAUAAAAGUAUAAACAACACAUUUGGCAGGAAGGACGCACCACAGUUGAGAAGUGAUAACUCGUUGAGAAAUCCUCCCAAUGUAAGAACGCCCCACAGGGAAGGAAGUAACAUGGUAUAUGACCUCAAGGAUGAAGAACCCUUCCCCAGGAAGACGCCUCAAAAAGGCCAUAGAGAAAACACCCCCUUGUGCGCCAAGGUACAGCCCAUUGACCCUAGAUUACCCUGUUUCAUAUACGACGCCUCCAGCUGCAUGUUAAAUAGAUUGUUGCAAUAUUUGAAGAGAAAGAAAAUAAAUUUGUACCUCCUGGUGAAGUUUAAAAAAUGGGAGACACAUCAGAUCAAUCCAUAUGGAAGUAUCACUACCAUUUUAGGAAAUGAAAAGAACUUUUUGGGAGUCAUUUAUUUUUUUAUCCAUUUUUACAAAAUACAUUUUCAUAUUUAUGAGAGGAGUGAUAUGUCUUAUUUGAAGAGCAAAAUGGAGGUGGGAGACAAAGUCCUGGCAGCUUUUGCCAACCGUCAGUGGGGGGCAACCGAUGGAAAGGGGGAAGCAGCGUCAGGGGAAGUAGUAGACCGAGAAAGAGAAUCCUCACCUAUCCUAGAGCACCGGCUCAAAAUGGCCUACUUGAAAAACUUCCAAGAAAAUAAUAAGCGUAUCGAAAAGUACAUGUUAAAAAGCUUCCUUAAAAAUAGGGAAAUUAUUACCAACCUGGAUAUAUUUACCAUAGACCCUCCGAGUGCAAAGGAUUUGGAUGACGCUCUGUCCAUCGAAUUUGUUGGCAGCGACACGAAUUCUGCGAAUGAAUUUGAGUACAGAAUAGGGGUGCACAUUUCUGACGUCUCCUUCUUCGUUACCCCCGACUCGUACUACGACAGGGUGGCCUCCAAAGUGUGCAACACGAUAUACAUGGACCUAAUGGUCAUCCACAUGCUCCCCUCCAUUUUGAGCGAAGAAAUUUGUUCCCUGAACACCGAGGGCGAGAAGCUGUCCUUUUCCGUCUUUUUCCGCGUGAGCAGUCGGGCGAAUCCGUACGACGUCGCGAAGGGGAAGAUCGGAGAAAGUGGAGAAAAAAAUGGAAAAAGUGAAGAAAAAAAUGGAAAAAGUGAAGAAAGAGACGAAAGAGAUGAAGGAGACGAAAGAGAUGAAAGAGACGAAAGAGACGAAAGCGGCAAAAGCGGCAGAAGCGCAAUGAAUGAAACGGGUGUCGAAAUUAAGAAGAGCCUAAUCAGGAGCAAGCACAAACUGAACUAUGAUACGGUUGAGGAUUUCCUGGACGAAGUGUAUGCCAGCCUUCACCAAAGCACUAACAAUAUAAAGGAAAAGGAAGAAGAUAUUUUAGUGAGGGGGAAUCUCCCAUUAAGCUGUUUCUCCUUUGUUGUAAAUUUUGAAGAAACGUGCAAAAGGUAUGGUCUGAGCACCAAGUUGGGAAGCGACAUAUUUCGAUUAUUCUUGUUGUCCAAAAUGCUGAAGGAGAAGAGUGGACGGAAGAGCGUCAAUUCCAAGCCGUCCUUGUUAUUUAUGUUUAAUGAGGCAGACACAGGUGGGUCCUGUGCUCGCGAUAGGGGGGUACCUAUCGGGGUGGAAGAACUGGAGGAAUGUUAUUCGGAGGGAGGAGACAAUCUUAGUGGCAAGCUUAGUAGUCAUUUUAACGAUGAUGCACUUAACGAGCGUUUGGAGGCCUUCCUGAAGAAGAGGAAAGUGCAAGCCCUGCUGGACGAAAUGGAUGUGGAAAAUAUUCGUGUGGAAAAAGUUGAGUACAAAGCAAAGAGCCACAUGUUAAUAGAAGAAAUGAUGAUUUUAACAAAUUUUUUAGUAGCCAAUAAAAUUAGCCAAAGUAAAAAAUUGGGAAUUCUGAGGAUACAUGAAAAUACCUCUGAGGAGAUAAAGAAUAAUCUCCUUCACAUUAUUGACCAUAACACGUACAGCCGAAUUGAUGCCAUGAUUGACGUAAAAAGAAGUAGUAUUAACGACAUUUUAAACGUUUGUGAAGAAAUUUUGGACACUAAUCAACUGAUGUGCAUGCAGUACAACAUUUUGAAGCAUUACAAGGAAGCUAUUUACAUCCCCUACACAGAAGGGGAGAAGAAGACGCAUCACUUCGGCUUGGCACUGAGCAAAUAUAUUCAUUUCACCUCCCCCAUAAGGAGAUAUAUCGAUAUUAUUACACACAGAAUUUUAGGUACUAUUGUGGAAAACGACGAGAAGGGGUUAACUUACAGCUACGAGGACUUGAAGAGAAUUUGCGACCAGUGCAAUUUUCAGAAAAAAAAAACGGACGAGGCGCAGAUUCACUUGAAGAAUGUCCUCCUUAAUAGAUACCUCAUAUAUUUGAACGAAGCCUACAAAGGGGAGAAGCGACUGGUGGGAAAUGCACCUAAGGAGGCUGUCAAAGAUGGAGGCAAACUCAGUUCGAAAGAUGUGUCACUGAGUGGGCUUCACCCAGAGGAGGGAAGAACUCCCCAUGAUAACACCCCACAGUGCAUCACCCGCUUUGAAAAAAAGAAGCACCCAAUUGACCUGCCGCAGAAGAAAGAAACGGAUCACCUUACGCACAAAGAAUGUGAAAUGGACGAAUCCCUUGAACCUAUUAAGAAGUACUUCUACAGGAGGGAUGGCCUUAUAUGCUUCCCAACCGAAGCGUACAUUCAAGAAAUAGUGAUAACGAAAAGCGUAAAAGAGAGCAUUUGCCUGAAUAUACUAUUUAAGAAUUAUAUUGAUGUGGAUGGAAUAGACGAUCCUGAUGAGGAGUAUACAUGGAAGACGUACACGUACACGUCCUACAUGUUGAGCUCAUCCAAGGGAAGUAACCCUAUGAGUAGCUACCCCAUGGAAAAGAGCACUUUGAUUACGGACCGUCUGAAGGUCAUAAAUGAGGCGAAUGACGAAAUGACCACCGCUAAUCACAAUAGAGAAGAAAACGAAAAAUAUAAAUUUAAAAAAAGCCCAAUUGAGAAUGGCAAAUUGAAAAAUGCAGUCGUCUUUUAUGUGCCCUUGCUAGAAACAGAGAAGUCAAUCAGUGACAGCUUGCUGAAUCUGACGUUCGAAUUUAUUUCUCUAUCGUAUCAGGAAAGUACCUUUGUGUGUGAUUUAUCGAGAGGGGUGCUGUACAGGGUGGGCGGAAAUGCAACUGCCAUGAAAGGGUCGCGCAGCGGUGGGCCUCUGGAGGGGGACGCGAAAGAGGAAGAGCAGACAGCGGAAGAGCAUACAGCGGAAGAGCAUACAGCGGAAAAGCAUACAGCUGAAAAGCAUACAGCUGAAAAGCAGAAUAAGGAGCACACGGUGCAAAACAGAGCAACCCUGCAUAUCCCCAGUGUCCUCAAAAAAAUAAACAACCCCCAAUUUAGCGUUAAAUACGAAGUACUAAAACUGGAUGAGAAAAAGGCCUUUCAAGAAAUUUACGACGUUCUGUACAUCCAUGACGUUUUCUUCAAGCGGGUUGAAGAAGCGAAAUCGAGAGGGAAUCCCAGAGGAGGUCUACACCAUGAGAAUUUUUCUACCGAUGAACAUAGUAAACGAGAUGUUGGCCCCAUGGAGAACCCUGCUCGUUUCGAUGGGGAAAAAGGCGAAAGGAAUAAAGCAUCGAAUGAAGAUGCAAGAAGGGAGUGCGUUGAAGAAGGGCCAACCGAGGAGUAUGAAACGAUAAGCAGGUUUCAGAAGAAGGAAAUUUUGAUUGUCCCCGGAUCGCAGGUGUGGACCUUGCGCUUGGCAUGA